AUGUCCUCUAAGAUCUUAUCAGAAAACCCAACUGAAUUAGAAUUAAAAGUUGCUCAAGCUUUCGUUGAUUUGGAAUCUCAAGCUGAUUUAAAAGCUGAAUUGAGACCAUUACAAUUCAAAUCUAUCAAAGAAAUUGAUGUUAAUGGAGGUAAAAAAGCUUUAGCUGUUUUCGUUCCACCACCAAGUUUACAAGCUUACAGAAAAGUUCAAACUAGAUUAACUAGAGAAUUAGAAAAAAAAUUCCCAGAUAGACAUGUUGUCUUUUUAGCUGAAAGAAGAAUCUUACCAAAACCAGCUAGAAAAGCUAGAAAACAACAAAAAAGACCAAGAUCAAGAACUUUGACUGCUGUUCAUGAUAAAAUUUUGGAAGAUUUAGUUUUCCCAACUGAAAUCAUUGGUAAAAGAGUUAGAUACUUGGUUGGUGGUAACAAAAUCCAAAAAGUCUUGUUGGAUUCUAAAGAUUCAACUGCUGUUGAUUACAAAUUGGAUUCUUUCCAACAAUUGUACUCAAAAUUGACUGGUAAACAAGUUGUUUUUGAAAUCCCAGGUGAAUCUCAUUAG